AUGGAUGGUGACUAUUACUCCGUUCUGGCUGCAGUGCUUCCCCAAGCCCCCUACAGGGCCCCUGGCACACGGCAGCUUCAGCAAGGGCUGAAUGGACAAGACUGGCGCCAACCCUCACACUUUCAAAUCCAGCCUCCCACAACCAUCGUCGCGCCCUCCAGCGCCGCGGCUGUGCGCGCCUUCCUGGAGCGCGGCCACACGGAGCUGGACACUGCCUACAUGUACAGCGACGGCCAGUCCGAGAGCAUCCUGGGCGACCUGGGGCUCGGGCUGGGCGGCGGCGACUGCAAAGUGCAAAUUGCCACUAAGGCCAAUCCCUGGGAUGGGAAGUCCCUGAAGCCUGCCAGUCUCCGGUCCCAGCUGGAGACAUCACUGAAGCGAUUGCAAUGCUCCCAGGUGGACCUCUUCUACCUGCAUGCGCCUGACCAUGGCACUCCCGUGGAAGAAACGCUACGUGCCUGCCACCAGCUUCACCAGGAGGGCAAGUUUGUGGAGCUUGGCCUCUCCAACUAUGCAGCCUGGGAGGUGGCCGAGAUCUGUACCCUCUGCAAGAGCAACGGCUGGAUCCUUCCCACUGUGUACCAGGGCAUGUACAACGCCACCACCCGGCAGGUGGAAACGGAGCUCUUCCCCUGCCUCAGGCACUUUGGACUGAGAUUCUACGCCUACAACCCUUUGGCAGGGGGCCUGCUGACCGGCAAGUACAAGUAUGAGGACAAGGACGGGAAACAGCCUGUGGGCCGCUUCUUUGGAAAUAGCUGGUCUGAGAUCUACAGGGAUCGCUUCUGGAAGGAGCACCACUUCAAGGCCAUUGCCCUGGUGGAGAAGGCCCUGCAGGCUGCAUAUGGCAGCAGUGCCCCCAGCAUGACUUCAGCUGCCUUGCAAUGGAUGUACCACCACUCACAGCUCCAGGGUGCCCACAGGGAUGCGGUCAUCCUGGGCAUGUCCAGCCUGGAGCAGCUGGAACAGAACCUGGCAGCCACCGAGCAAGGGCCCCUGGAGCCAGCUGUUGUGCAGGCCUUUGAUCAAGCCUGGCACCUGGUUGCCCAUGAGUGUCCCAACUACUUCCGUUAGGCUCGUCCUGGCUGGAGGUGGCGGAGGGUCCACUACGCCUGUCACCGUUCGUUCUCUCACCCUGGCCUUAAGCUGCCUUAUUUAGCCUGUUCUUUUCUCAUCAUCUGUUCACAAAUGUCUCCUAUUUUCUUGGAAUCCUCCCAGUUGCCUUCACAAAGUGUAAAGGCUGGGCCGUGAGUUGCUCCAGCGUUUCCUGUCGGAAUAAAGCAGGCACUUGACGGGUAGCCCAGGCCCGGAACAAA